AAUCUUGGAGGAUGCGGCUCUCUCCAGCGAGGAACAUUUAACAGGAGUGGGAACUCGAGAGCUUUCUCAUUUGCAAGUACUCAUCACACUUGCAUAACUGUUUGCCACUUGUCAGAUAUAGUGCAGGGACUGGCAUUCCUUUUAUUCAGCCCAACUUGGACAGUGGCAGAGGUUGUACACUCCCGUUCCUUUAAUUCCCUGUGCCAGUUGAUGAGACAGCUAUUUAGUAAGCACCUGCUGUGUGCUAUGCAGGCUCUGUGCUAGGAGCUAAAGGAACAAGGCCUUACACUUCCCAGAACAGAAUCGGGCAGAAAAUAAGUGCUAGUGGAUCUGCAGAGCGAGCAUUUAGUGCAGAAAGGAGAGAGGUCAGUGGGAGCCAAGAGAUGGGAGGGUAGAAGGGUUCUAGAAGAGGCUGCCAGAGAGUACACACUUGGACUGGGUCCCGAUGGGCGGUUGGUAUUCACUAGAGAAGGCCCUGGGCAUUCCACGUAGAAAGGACAGCAUCUGCACACAGAGGGGAAGUUAUGUUCAAGAGCACCUAGUUCUGAGAUGACAACUGAAGAGGAUAUGGGAUGAGGGGAGACGCCUACUUCAUUGGAAUGAGGAGCCUGGGGCAGCGGGCAUCCAUCCCGGAAGACGGGGGACUUUUCUUCCUCUGCUGCAUAGACAGAGGCUGGGCUGUUACUCAGUGUUUUGCUGAAGAGGCCUUCCAAGCACUCACUGACUUCAGUGAUCUCCCCAACUCACUGUUCGCCUGCAAUGUUCACCAGUCUGUGUUUGAAGAAGAGGAGAGCAAGGAGCAGGGCAGUACAGGACAGUAUCCAUCCAGAGGAGUCUCUUUCCUUCCAACUCUGAGGCUUCCUAACUCUUCACUGAGAAUUCCGAAGAGGGGAAUGCCAGCCCCUAGCAUGGACUGUGAUGUUUCCACUCUGGUCGCCUGUGUGGUGGAUGUGGAGGUCUUUACCAAUCAGGAGGUUAAGGAAAAAUUCGAGGGACUGUUCCGGACCUAUGACGAAUGUGUGACGUUCCAGCUGUUUAAGAGUUUCCGACGGGUUCGAAUAAAUUUCAGCCACCCCAAAUCUGCGGCCCGUGCCCGGAUAGAGCUUCAUGAGACCCAGUUCAGAGGGAAGAAGCUAAAACUCUACUUCGCCCAGGUCCAGACCCCAGAGACAGAUGGAGACAAACUGCAUUUGGCACCCCCACAGCCUGCCAAACAGUUCCUCAUCUCACCCCCUUCAUCUCCUCCCGUUGGCUGGAAGCCCAUCAGCGAUGCCACACCAGUCCUCAACUAUGACCUCCUUUAUGCCGUGGCCAAACUAGGACCAGGAGAGAAGUACGAGCUGCACGCAGGAACUGAGUCUACACCGAGCGUCGUGGUGCAUGUGUGUGACAGCGAUAUGGAGGAGGAGGAGGACCCAAAGACUUCCCCAAAGCCAAAAAUCAUCCAGACCCGGCGUCCCGGCCUGCCACCCUCUGUGUCCAACUGAGCACGUCCAUGAUAACAUGCAUCUCCUCUUACCAUGCUUUCUCCCCUUGUUGUUUGUCCAAACAAUUAAUUGCCUUUAAGUCCCUGGGUGUUUGGUUGUUUGCAAAUCCUUCCUUGUAAUUAAGCCUCUCGGACAAAAGGGCUAGGCAAAGGUGAUAUGUCUCCGAAUUAACUCCUACCCAUUAACGACAGUCCAUCACUUAGAAAGUUCUAGAUAAAGGGUAGUAUUUUCUUAUUAAACAAUCAGUGCAGUAUCUCUGUUCUUUCAUGUUGAUCCAAGCCAGAGACAUCGGGAAUGAAGAGCCUUUAUGUUGUUUGUGAGCUGCUCCUGUUCAGUCCUCUGUGUGUGUGUGUGUGUGUGUGUGUGUGUGUGUGUGUGUGUGUGUGUGUGUGAUGGUUUUUUUCCUGGCCACUCAUAUAGGACCAUAAGUAAACUUGGCUUUGACUGCAUGAGAUCCCCCUAUCUGGUCUCACCCAGUCCUCUGCAUCCCGACAUUCCCAGGACAUGCACGAUCACCAGCAUUUAUUUUUGAUGAUUUGAGGGUACGCCCCAACUUGUGGUAUCCCAGCCCUGUCCUGUAUAGACAAGGGGCAUCCACAGCACCAUUCAGCUCAAUAAGUCUGGGGAUCAUUGUUAGUUUGAGUCAAUACAUCAUAUAGCUCUGGCCAAAUUCCUGGAGGUAAAAUUGAGCGUGGCCCCAAAGAUAUUCCUUAGUAGAUUCUGAACAUCACUACCACAUAGGUCUACCCAGAGUUACUGGGGAGGCUUGUCCAAGUGACAGAGACCGAUUUCAGACAAACCUAUUUAUUAUAAAAUCUCACAGUGUCUGAAUGAUUGUCCCCUACCCCUUUGUAUAUUUGUACAGAUGUUUGAGCUGUGCUUUUAAAAUAUGGAUGUUUUUUUUUAUUUAGUGAUUGUUCAACCAUUAGCUGCUUAAUGACAUCAUACCCGUGUCGCUUCUGAAUGCAUUCUGAUUCUAAUGUAGAUAACCUGAUACUAUUACACACUACUACGGUUCGUGCUAAGCUGUAAAAGGGUACAGCAAUGUCUCAUGCCAAUAGAUAACUGACUAGCCGACCUCUUUGCUGUCCACACCACCUGUUUCCAAACAAAGAUCCAAGUAUCAGUUAUAAGCAACUUGGGUGAUGCUAAAUCCAAGAACGCAUACAGCUGAGCAUUUCAGAGCACAAAGGAUGCCCCUCCCAUUCAUCCAAUGCCCAUGCGCUCAAAAACUUCCUUGUUUUUGUUCCGUGUGACUUUUGUAUUUCUCUAGCCCAAAGUGCAUUACAGAAGAUACACCUGCAGAACCAUACUUUCUGCUCCAUGUGUCAAGCCUCACCUAUUCCUGUUCAUUAACUAGUAACUUUGGAUGCAAAUACCAUUUACCACACAACAGGCAAGGACUUUCAUGGCCUGAGCCUCAGAGUAACACACAAGAACACUAACACAGCCACCUGAUGGGGGGAUAAUUGUGGUUUUUUUGAUUAAGGUGUAUGUUAGUUUCCACAGAAACUUCAAACCUAGACUGAUCACUCAGAAAAUUAAAGUCCGUUCUACUGUGAAAUAUAGCAAUAUAGUACCGGACACGGUACAGUACGGUUGAGAUGGAGGAGAGUAUCGCUUGUGGAAUCCUGGGUUUCCACGGGAUAAACAGUAAGCAUUUCCUUUGUGGAGGAAGGUUUUGGUGUUUGUUUUUUCAUUGGCCACGGAAAGACUACAAAUAGUGGAGAGAUGAUGCCCUCUGGUGGCAGAAACAUUGAAUUAGGUUGUAUAGAUGGAUUGAUUUGAUGCAAGAGAGGGGAGAGAGAGAGAGAGAGAGAGAGAGAGAGAGAGAGAGAGAGAGAGAGAGAGAGAGAGAGAGAGAGAGAGAGAGAGAGAACAAAAUGUAAAUGAGAGAAAGAACUCUGGGAAAUAAUUUGUGCUUCCAAACAAUGAUAGCAGAAAUUUCCAAUUUAGUAAAAGUUGACUGUGACUACCUUGCAUAGUCAUUAAGAACUCAGUGUUAUAGAUGGCCCAGGUGAGAUUAGUCUUAGUAAACUGUAUUGCCAUAUGUUGAUGUUAACCUGCUACGGAUCAAGGGAUUCUCGCGCUAGGUUGAGCAUGGGGACGGGGGAGGGGGAGCUUUCCCCAGAAGGAAUGGGGAAGCCACGGGACCUCCCAGCACCGAAAGUCACCUGGACACUUCCAUGAUGCUCAUUAUGCAAACCUCUUUAGCGCUCUUUUAAGUUUGAAACGUUUUAAACGGAGGGGAAGGGGAAGGUUUCCACCAACUGAAUCAUUUGUGCACGUGUACAGCUCAAAGAGCUUAGAGUUCAAAUAUAUCUGGUGAAUGA